AUGUUCCUCCAAGUAGGAGUGAUGCUGCCAACAGAGCUAAUCACCUCACACGUGGCAAUUUUGCCCCUGGAGCGCGAAGCCAUCUCGAAGCUGCACUUGAAAGGGCUGAUCUUGUUGAAUGUGAGGAGGAAGGGCGAGUCAUUUACCUUCACACUUGGUUCAUUCAUCACAGAACAUUGCCCAGAUGCUACGACGGCCGAGCAUUGCGACUCACAGGAAACUCAAUGCACUGGUUUGAUGAAAUUGCAGACACAUGGGCUGAUGUCAUCCAUCCAGGAGCACCAACUUUCCGUCACACCGAAGUUGUUGCCCCACCUGACGCACCUGGGGACAUUGGAACAUGCGUUUGGUUUUCACUGUUCUGCAUAUGCCUUUGGUCAGCACGACAAAGUUUUCUGCGUGCCACUUGGAUGGCCUGCCUUGCAGACACAAUAUCAUGUCCUCUUUGCCAAUGAGGGCAUCCCAGAUGCCUGGGCCUUCAUUGUGCUUGGUGAAAAGUAUGAUGACCAAGGCGAUUCCAUCCUUUCUCUCCUUGGGUGGUCGGCACAUCAGGUGCGAUAUGAUCCGGCCAGUCCGUUCUUUGCCGGAGCCACAAGAAUCGGGCCACACAUCGCUGAGAGAGAAGGCCUUUUCUUUGCUGCCCUAUGGCGUGCUCAGCUCAAUAUCAACAUUCCCACUGUAUUUCGCAGCGACUCCAGUUUGGCAAUCGGGCAAGCCUCUGGGCGUAUCGGUGCAAUUGAGAUUGAUCUCUCUUUCUCGUUACUCAGAGGUCUCUUCCAGUUCCUUGAAGCUGCUUUGGGCCCCGAUUUGCUGCUGCUUGAGCACAUCUAUGGUCACAACAGUGAUCCUUGGAAUGAAGCGGUAGACGCCAUUGCCAAGCAGGAAGCACAACAGAGCUUCUUUCUUCAGCGUCCUGACAUUGACCUCCGACGAUGGCAUCAGGCGAUUCCAUUCUUGUGGAUGCUCUUCGGUGACCAUUGCGGAUGCCCACAAUUCUGCGGCGAUGGCUUCAAUGUAUGUGCUCCCAGUUUGCCACCGGACGCCAUUUGUGUGCCCGAGUCUCCGGCCUUCACAACCACCUCAAGCAAGUUUGAUUUCAAGAUUAGCUUUGCUUCUGCGAAUGUAUCCACGCUUGGUGUUGGCUCCAAAGGCCACACAGGCAAGCUGGACUACAUCAAGGGCCAGUUUGUCAACUUUCACUUGAACUUCCUUGGGGUACAAGAAGCGCGUACCCAGAGGGCUACAUGGUGGUCGGAGCUUCACCGCAUCCUGCAAGCAUGCCAUCAAGAUGUGCCUUUGGUUGCCAUGAUUGACGCCAAUGCUGCUCCGGGUGACGGGGAUCUCAGGCAUGUUCUUGGAGCAGGCUUCGCUGAAACCUCUGGUACUCCAUUCCUCAGACAGUUUCUGGAAACUUUCGGCCUUUUCCUGCCCUCAACAGGUCCUUUGCACACAGGUCCACGCCAUACCUGGACCGCACCGGAUGGAGUCAGCCAGCAUUGCAUUGAUUAUGUUGCAAUUCCAAAUUCUUGGCUCAGUCGAUGCGUGUGGUCGCAGUGCCUCGAGGACUUCGACCUCAAUGUGACACAUGUAGAUCACAUUCCAGUUGGCCUUGAAGUGGGUUGGUCUGACCUCAUUCUGUGCUCCCAUGACACAAAGAGUGACUCAGGAUCGAAGUUUGACAGAAAUGCCAUCGGCAGCGUUGAUCUUGCACCUUUUCUCUCCCAGUCCCAUGACAUUUCAUGGAACACUGAUAUUGAAUCGCAUGUUGAUGCACUCAAUGCUUCUUUCACUGGCGUCUUACAGCAGUAUUGUCCCAAGCCACAACGGUCUCCCAAAAAGCCGUUUAUUGAUGACAGGUGUUGGGCCUUGAGGACUUGCAAAUUGCGCCAGAGACGAAUUGUCCGUCGGACAUUAAAUUGCAUUGGCCGAGAAUCCCUCCAUAGAAGUUUCUUUGCGUGGCGAUCCUUGAAAUCAUCUUGCAAGCCCUCUAGUGACCCGCUUUUGGAUCUCUCCUUCAAUUAUGGUACCACACUGCGUUGCGGAGGUCUUCGUGCCAUUGCACAACUAUGGAACACCUGCCGUGCGUUGAAAAAGCAACUGCAAUUGGCCAAGAAGCAGUGCCUUGCUGAUCGCAUCAAGGAGUCGAGCUCGCUCACAUCCGCAUCAGAUAUACUGCGCAUCCUUCGGCCUUUUGUAGGAUCAUCCAAUGCCAAGAACAAAGGACCCCGUCCAUUACCACUUGUCUGUGAUGACAAUGGUCUCCCGUGUGCAUCAUCCUCAGCUGCACUGAACCGGUGGAUUGACUUUUUCAUGGCUAUGGAAGGUGGUUCUCGCCUUGAUACCCAUGAGCAGAGGCGUCUUUGGAUCCAAGGCUUGAAAGAACACACUGCAAAUCACCUUGAUGUGAAUGUUGCUGAGAUUCCAUCCCUUGUUGAGCUUGAAGCGGCUUUUAGGAGAGUCAAAAAAGGCAAGGCCUCUGGACCAGACCAGUUGCCGUCUGAGCUUUUUCAUCAGUACCCUGCUGUCCUCGCGCGGCAUUGUUACUCGGUCCUUUUGAAAGUCGCUCUACAAGGCCAAGAAUGUUUGAUUCACAAGGGCGGCACCCUCGUACCGCUUUGGAAGGGGAAGGGUGACCAAAGCAUUUGUUCCUCCUUCCGCAGUAUACUAUUGAGCUCACAUUUCGGCAAAUCACUUCAUCGCGCCCUGCGAUUGAAGCAAGCAGAUGUAUACGAAGCGUACAUCCAUGCUCAACAGCUAGGAGGGAGACGCAAAACACCAGUCACUUUGGGCGCCCAUCAAGCCAGAGCAUUCCUGCGCUAUCACAAGCAGCAGGGACGACCAACAGCGCUCCUGUUCCUUGAUUUAACGGAAGCCUUCUAUAGGGUUGUCCGACCAUUGGCGCUGUCGGGAUCCCUGAAUGAUGAGGUCCUUGCUGCCAUGGCAUGCAGAUUGCAGUUGGAUGCCAAUGUGAUCAGGGAGCUCCAUGGACUUCUGAGACAGCCUGGUGCUAUUGAACAUGCACAGCUCCCUGAACAUGCCCAACGUAUUGGCUCGACUGUUGAUGAAAACCGUAAUGCAUUGACAGAUCGUUUGGUCCCUCCAAUGCAAGCGGCUGGACCUCAGCGCGACUUCCAAAGGCAGCUUCAGUCUGUUGACGCGUGGCCUUUUCUAUCCACCGAUGUAUACCAGACUGCCGAGCACUUCCAAGACUUGGCACACAUUGAAGGGGCCUGCAGUGAAGUCCGCUGGCCAGAGGAAGCUUUCCCUGUCCCGUGUCGAAGUCUUAAGAUCUCGCAAGGCCACUUUGGUGCACGGACCCCAAAGCCCACCAACCUUCUGAGUCUUAAUUUGCCCGGCUUGAAGGAAGAGUUGAACCAGCAUUCUGUUUGUGACAACUUACCCAAGCGGGCAGCGAUUGGCCGUCAACAUGACGGUAGCUGGGCUACUUCACAAUUGAAGGAGUAUCCCCCGGCACUUUGCUUUGCACUUGCAUCCUGUUUUUUUCAUCACAUUGUCAAGGUCCCAGUGGCUGCCCGCACAGAACCUGCAGACCACUUUUUGGACUUGUGUCAGAGCUUGCUUGUACAAUCCUUCUCUGAGCACAUUGGAAGGGACUUUGCGGGAUGA